AUGUCGCAGAUCCAUACGAAGAUAUUGUCCGUACCACAUACGCCUGUGGCAAGUACGCCCGCCGAUUUUGGGCUGACGUUUCGCGAUCAAGCUGCCUCACCUAACUCGCCCUGGCGUGAACCCUGCGAAUCGCUGCGCGUCGAUUUUACGAACCCCGUCGCUCAAAACACACUAACUACAGCGGCAUCUCAUCUUCGCAAGGGAGAACUAGUGGCUUUCCCUACAGAAACCGUGUACGGCCUCGGCGCCUGCGCAUUGUGGCCCACAUCCGCUCAGCGCAUUUAUGCCGCGAAAAAUCGACCAGCGGACAACCCUCUCAUUGUGCAUAUCAGUGACCGACAAAUGCUACGGCAGCUCGUACCGGACAAUUAUGAAUUCAGUCCUGCGUGUGAAGCACUUAUGAAUGCAUUUUGGCCUGGACCUCUUACCUUGCUCUUCCCUGUGGGAACGACUCUGGACGGUAGCCCUCGAGUGCCAUCCACUGUUACUUGCGGGCAGCCUACAGUGGGCGUCCGGAUGCCCUCGCACCCUGUUGCCCGCGCUCUAAUUGCUUUGGCUGGUGUACCAGUCGCAGCGCCAUCGGCCAAUGCGUCCGGUCGUCCAUCGCCUACGGCGGCAGACCAUGUCUACACCGAUCUAAGUCCACGACACGUCCUUUCGUACAUUGUUGAUGGCGGAGAGUGCAGCAUCGGCUUGGAGAGUACUGUGGUAGAUGCCACUACUGCGCCAGGUGAGGUCCGUGUCUUACGUCCUGGCGGCGUAUCCACGGAGCAAAUCGCUGCGGUGCUGUCUCAGAGCGGCCUCACAACGCAAGGCCUUCAAUUGCGGGUGUACGGCAAAGACAUGGCACGAAAUGCCGCGCAAGAAGCUGCGCCUACGACGCCCGGCAUGAAAUAUCGGCACUACUCGCCCGAGGCACGUGUGAUCCUUCUUCAGUGCCACAGUAAUGAUACCGCCCCUACCUUGAUGCAGUUACUGCAGGACGCCAAGGCGACCAUGGCACUACCACAUGAUUUGCGUGUGGGCCUACUUUGCGCUACAGACUCCCCUAUUCUUUCGGCCCUGCCGGACGAUGACCUCCGGACUUGGGCCAGCCAACCAAGUUCUUCACGUCUUUCUCCUGUCCUUCAUAUUGAUGGAAUACAACUGUGUGUCUAUUCUAUGGGAGAAAAGUCUUCACCUGCUAUCGCCGCGCAGCGCCUAUUUGACGGACUUCGCUCCUUAGAUGCCCUUGUGCCAUGGGAUGGCGCCCCCGGCGCGUGUGAUUUGAUUCUGGCAGAGGCCAUUCCUGAAGAGGGUGUAGGUCUCGCCGUAAUGAACCGAUUGAACAAAGCUGCUAGUACUACCGCGGCGAUCUGCAUGCAGUAA